AGAAUUGUAUAUAGUUCAUUAUAUUGUUUUAUCUGGAAGCAAAAAUCAGCUAUUUGGUUACUGUGUCUACUGUAACCCAUGGAAGAUGAAAAAGUCAAAGCUGUAGCUUCCAAGCGAGAGACUACCCAAAUGAGUCCCUUUAGUUUAAAAACUGGAGUUAAGAAAAAUAGGUACUGGUAACAGGCCAUGGACGUUGCCAUGGAUGAAACACACCCCUUCGAGAGAUCGAAUCUAAUUGCCUGCAUGGCAUCGAUAUUUCCAGUCCUGAUUUUUGCAGUAUUUGGUGGAUGCACAUGGUGGAAGAUUGGAGAAGCAAUUUCGUGAUCUAUAAAUCAGAGAGCAACAGAAUUUUGACUCGAGGACCGUUUCUCUGCUUCUCCAAAUGGGCCAAUUUCAACCUGAGGUAACUUUUUCUUAUUUGUUUGAGAGAUUUUAAGUCUAUCAGUACACUUAUAUGCGAUCCGAAGCCCCCUUACAAAAUUAACUCUUGAAACCAACGACUUGAAGACAUCUUUUUUGGAGUCAUGAGGGUCUCAUUUUAAACACAUACGAUAGUACAAAAUGAAUAUUAGGAUUAGGAAUCCUGCUUCUUCCUGCUUGAUGUUGCUGCCGUCGCCUUCACGAGGCUUCCAUUUCUGCGUUUCUUGGGAUUAUGACCUCUUUCUCCGUUUUCCAUCGUUGGUAAUCAUUUCGAUAAAAGAAAGAGACAAUGUCCCCCAACUACCACAUCCACAUAUCCCAAUCUCAGCCUCCUUAUUUUUUAUAAUUUCUCCCCUUUAACCAUGACUUCACUUUCACGUAACCUUUUUCUCAUGGGAAUCAGCAAUAUCCGUGUAUCGUCUCAUCCAUCCCUUCCUUAUAUCCUCAAGAGUUACAGACAACCUAAAUCAAACCCAUCAAUAACUUCCGUCCCACUCUCUUUUUUUCUCUCUAAAAGUAUGUUCAACUCGUCACAGUCACUCAGCUUGCCAUCUUUUGAUCCACUGAGUCAUCCCUUCCGCAGCAUUCUCUCAUACAAUGGCAGUGUCAUGCUAGCUGGGCUAAUUUCUCUACUUCUUGUCACCAUCUUCGUCGUCCUCCUCCACAUCUAUGCCAAAUGGUUCCUUGCGCAGGCCCGCCACCAGCGAGGCAACUCUAUCACUGUGACCCAAGUCCUCGGCCAGCCUCGAUUACACCAUUUUCACUCCAUAUCAUUCGACCAUAGUUCUUCCCCUACUGGGUCUCCCACCAAAGGACUUGAUGCCUCGGUAAUUUCUUCAAUCCCUCUGUUUAUUUAUGUAUCGGAAAACCAAUGCAAACGUGGGUUGGAAUGCGUCAUUUGCUUGAGCACUUUUGAAGAGAAUGAGAUUGGGAGGAGCUUGCCCAAGUGUAACCAUGUCUUUCAUGUCGAGUGCAUCGACAUGUGGCUGAGUUCUCAUUCAAAUUGUCCCAUUUGUAGGGCUCCGGUGGUUCGUGAUGAGAAUUCGAGGAAUGGAAUUGUUGGUAAUCACUUGGAAUUGAGUGAGAAUGAAGUGCAGAUUGUUAUCGGUGGGCAGCAAUGUUAGAAUGAAGUUGGAUUCAUCAACUGAAUUUCUUAGUAAUUCUUCUUCUUCUUCUUCUUAUCCCCCUCAGAAAUUACCUUUGGGUUUCCCUCAGAAAAUUAGAUCACAAUUCAUGGCUUCCUUCUGUCACUUGCCCCAUAUUCUCGACCAUCUGUAAAAAGUUGUAUUUUCCAUUUUCUUAUUCCGAAAGUAUCUUGAGCUCCAAGCAAAUCUCAAUCCCCUCAAAAGAAAAUAUUAUUAUUAAUCAAUAGAACUAGUAUAAUUAUUCCGUAUCAAAUGGAAGGAAUGACUUUAUGUAUAAAGACACUGAGUCAAAGAGUCAAAUGUAGCUGUUUGGGUCCAAAAAGUCAAGUUCUUGUGAGAACUUCCAAUUGCCCCACUUUUGUCAGUAUAUUGAUCCAUAGACCAUACCUUCUCGUGAAUGUUUCGUUUUGUUUUUUGACCUUUAUUCUUCUUUUGUGAAGAGAUUGGUCAAAGCACCGCCAUGUACUCUGGAUUGAGAAAAACUAAGAUUACCACGAAAAAAAAUUAUAUAUAUAUAUAUAUGUUCUAUUUCUAUUCCCUCCUUCCUAUUUUGUCCACUUCGAGGAGGUUGUGUUUAUAAAUGUUCUGUGGAUUGCAAUUUACUCCUGAGACAUCAUAUAUUUUGAUCUUUUACCCCUCUUUCUAUUUCUAUGUUCAAAAGAUGUGUCCAGACGAGUCGUGGGGCUGAGGCGAGUCCAAGUGUCCUUAGGUAUAUGAGGAGAGCAAAACUUUGACUUCUAGUUUUAAAGAAAGAAAAAGUAUAUCAUACGAUAUUAUAAUAACCUUUGAAUAUUUGUUGAUUUUAGACAGAUUUGCAUUCAUGUUUGAUCAAUAAUUCAAUACCCUUUUGGAUGGAAAACACUAAUUUGAGACAUUUAUUAGUUUUUUUUGUUCUUCUAAUUCUCUUAAUUGGUUAAAUUAAUGCUCUGUAUUGGGCUUGAAAAUCGCUGGA